GGAAUGUCACUUUUGUGGAAGAGCUGGCAGCUGUUCAGGGUGAGAUUGACAAGCUUGUGGCUCAAGGAGUUAACAUAAUUAUCGCCCUAGGGCAUUCAGGUUUUGCUGUCGACCUUCACCUGGCAGCACACCUGAAACACGUGGACAUCGUUGUUGGGGGACACACAAACACAUUCCUCUAUAACGCCCCAUCCACUGAGGUGCCUGCCGACCUCUACCCGACACUGGUGCUCAACGUGCACGACCAGCGCCAGGUGUUGGUGGUACAGGACUACGCCUACGGCAAGUACCUGGGCGAGCUGCACGUGACCUUCAACGACUUGGGUGACGUCAUCAGAUGGUCAGGGAACCCGGUGCUGCUGGACAACUCUGUUGCCAAAGACAAAGAGACUGAACAGCUGCUUCAAAGUUAUCUGCCACAGGUGGACAAGAUGAAGAGGACCAUUGUUGGCCGGGCACAGGUAGAAUUGAACGCCGACAGAGUACUGUGUAGAACAACAGAAUGUAACUUGGGCAACAUGGUGACAGACUCCUUCGUGCACCAGCAUCUGCAGCAUAUGGAUGUGGACUCUUGGGCCAGUGUGGGCAUCGCAGUGGUCAACGCUGGCAGUUUUAGAGCUUCUAUAAACAAAGGUGACAUCACCAUAGAGGACGUUGUGUUCGUGCAGCCCUUCAGAAACACAGUCAGCGUCAUGGAGAUUUUGGGCCAGACACUUCUAGACAUGCUGGAAUAUGGCGCCUCUAAGUGGACCCAGAACAGAGACGAGGCUUUCGGCGGUUUUCUGCAGGUUUCAGGUUUACAGAUCACCUACGACAUUGGCCGCCCAGUGGGAGAGAGAGUUGUCGAGGUGUUGGCGCUGUGUACCAAGUGCCCAGUUCCUAAGCUAGAGCCACUGAUUCCACAGAAAGCCUACAAUGUUCUGGCCAGUUCCUUCAUCAUCAACGGGGGCGAUGGCUACCAUAUGUUGCCAGCCAGCACCAUCCGUGUCGUAGACAUCG